AUGGAUGCGAGCACCACUGCUGUGAGCAGAGGGGAUGGGGGGAAGGGUACGCUCACCCGCUCCCGAGGGGACGCGUGGGGGGUGGAAUCGGAGGAGGGUUCGAUCGACGUGUCCGAAGAAAGAUACAACGGAAAACAGAAAGAAGGGCAAAAAGGAGGAAUACAAGAUGGGCACAAAGAAGGGAAGACAGAUGGGCACAAAGAAGGGAAGACAGAAGGGCACAAAGGAGGAAAGGUUGAACAAGGAGACGGAAGGGGAAAAGGAGGAAACAUGGGCAGUGACCCGCCCCAGGCGAGUAGGGAGGAGGAUUUCCAUGAGAUGGAUCGGAAGUUAAGCAUAAAGGGGACGGACCCAAAAGAUAUGAUACAGCAGAUGUCUGGGUCUGAAAAUAAUCCGACGAUUUCCGCUCCGUCGAUUCCUCCGUAUACCAACGUAGCUCCGGUGGCAGCUUCAGCCAACAAAGGCAAAGCAAAGGCCAAGGUCAAGGAAGGGAAGGUGUCGUCUGUCGUGCAAGUGGUCAAGUAUGACGGAGAGAAGGAGGAGGUCUCUGGUGGUUCUGAGGAGGUGAGANAA